GAUUUUGUUCACGGUUUCAAGCAACCCAAUUAUAUCAGGACAGAAUUCUUCCACUUCCAGGACGUCAAGACGGCUAAAUUAAGCCUUUCUCUCACUUGCCUAUCUCAAUUUGUAUUACCAGUCCAUCUCUCGAUUCUUUGCUUCUUACCCUUGUUAUAGCUAAGUGUUUCAUACAUGGAUCUCCUCUUUCCAUGCUUCCUUCACCUUUCCAUCCUCUGCAUAUCUCUUUCUCUCAUCGUGUUGCUACACAAAAGAAAAUACUGGAAUACAAAGUUUCCGCCGGGGAAAACCGGAUGGCCGAUCAUCGGAGAAACAUGGGAUUUUAUGAUGGCUGCCAGAUGCGGAACCCCGGAGAAGUUUAUAAAUGACAGGGUGGGUAAAUACUCACCAGAAGUUUUCCAAACAUCCCUUCUUGGGCACAAUAUGGCCGUGUUCUGUGGUUCCGGUGGGAACAAGUUCUUAUACUCGAGUGAAAACAAGUGUGUCACUGGCUGGUUGCCACACUCAAUUAUGAAAAUUUUGUUCUCCCCUGAGCAUGCCAGUAACUCUUACAAAGAAGAUUCUGCUAAACUGCGAAAAUUUCUUCCAGAAUUUCUCAAGCCGGAACCUCUUCAACAUUACAUUCCCCUGAUGGAUUCCAUGGCAAAAGAUCACUUGAAGGCAGAUUGGUUUCCAUAUAAACAAGUGAAGGUGUUUCCGUUGUCCAAAACAUACACAUUUUCACUAGCUUGUAGAUUGUUUAUGAACAUCAAGGAUCCCGAGCAUGUAUCCAGGCUUCAAAAUCACUUCAAUAUUAUUACUAAAGGAAUAUUGUCAUUACCUUUAAAUUUUCCUGGUACAGCUUACAACCGUGCUAUCAAAGGAGGAAAUAUGAUUCGAGAGGAGAUUCUUGGGAUUAUGAAGGAGAGAAGAGAGCUAAUAUCAGAGAGGAAAGAGCCGGAAUUUAUUGAUUUACUGACUCGUAUGCUUCUUGUGACAGAUGAGAAUGCUAUGAAUGAUAUGGAGAUUGCUGACAGGGUUGUUGGUUUACUGUUUGGAAGCCAUGAUACAACCAGUGCUUCAAUCUCAAUGGCCAUGCACUAUCUUGCUAACAAUCCCCAUGUCUAUACGAAGGUCUUGAAAGAACAAAUGGAGAUUCAAAAGUUGAAAGCUCCAGGAGAGUCGUUGACUUGGAAUGAUAUUCAAAAGAUGAAAUAUACCUGGUGUGUGGUUUGCGAGGUCAUGAGACUAUCUCCGCCUGGUCAAGGGGGAUUUAGAGAGGCCAUAACUGACUUCUCUUAUGCAGGUUUUACCAUUCCCAAGGGAUGGAAGGUGCAUUGGAGUGUACAUUCAACACACAAAAAUCCCAAAUAUUUCCCAGAUCCAGAGAAAUUUGAUCCUUCAAGAUUUGAGGGGAAGGACAUUGAACCAUACAGUUUUGUACCUUUUGGGGGAGGACCUCGAAUGUGCCCUGGAAAAGAAUAUGCUCGGCUGGCGAUUCUUGUCUUUAUGCACAAUGUGGUAACACAAUUCAAAUGGGAGAGAGUGACUCAAGACGAAAAGAUCAUAUACAUGUCUAUUCCGAUGCCAGCUUGUAGCCUUCCGAUUACUCUCCAUCCUCACAAGAACUGAGUUAAUAUUCGUGUGGCUCAAGUGUGUCAUGGUUGCAUCCUUUUGCCGACAUCUAUAAUCGUCAGUUGAUGAACAUGCAAAUUGUUUUUCUUUUUUGUGUGCCCUGUCGCAAUUCCUUUCUUCAGAUGAAUUCUGCAACUCUUUAUUUUAACUUUUGAUAAAUAAAUCUUGACGAGUUCAAUUAAUAAGAGCAAGUGAAAGUUGAAGAA